AUGAUGUAAAUUAUAUUAGUUAAUUAAUCAUGCAAGACCUUUUUUUUGAAAAUUUAUAACAAAUACCUGUAGUAUUUUAUAAAAUAACGUCUAAAUGAAAUAACAAAAUUAAUUUUUGCUGCUAUUUUGGCUCCUGCAAUAUUAGUUAUUCUUUAAAACUCUUAUGAUGAUAUUAAUUCUCAUUAGUUUAAGUGCAAAUAUGCAAUUGUGCAACAUUAAAAUCUCAAAAAGACUGUGAAUAGAUAGUCACUAUAACUGAAGCAUGUGAAUGUAUGGCUGCUUAAGGUACAACAGCAGCAAAAUAUUAGAAAAAGACAACAGUUGAUUCAGUUGCACUCAACCCUUAUUAUGAGCUUGUUGAUAAACCAGAGCAAACUCAAAAACCUUGGGAUAUGCUUUUGUUGACUCAAAAUGCGCACAUUUUGCAAUGUUCAAUUUAUGUUUAAUAUACAAUAGUAAAUUGUUAAGCUAUCUCAAAUUUUUGUGUAAGUUAUGCAUUGCAUACAUUAAAGCUAAAGAAUGUAAAGAUUAAACUCAAUUAUAAUUCGAAUCCACUCCAAGUAUCUCUUGAAUUCUUAAAUGCAAAUGAGAUACAAAUUCUGGAGCAUAUAGAGAUUAUUCUUGUUCAAAAGCUGAUUCUAGCUUAAAAAUUGAUUCAAAAUUUUCUGAUUGGUUGGCUGGAUGUGUGA